UAGAUUUCCAUCAAAAAUAAAAGAAAUGACGUGACCCCAGGCCAUCCAGUGCUUCUAACUACCCUCCCGGCUCCCCAAGACAGUGUCGUUAGCCGCUUUAUUUGCUUUCAUCUUAUUUAUUCAUCUCUCUUUCUCAUUUCCUUUACAUGCGACUCAUAAAAACGACACACUAUUAAGUUCAGUCCUAGAAUUUAUUAUUAUUGAAUAUUUAAUUUAUAUUAUCAAUGGAGACACCGUUAUUAAACGGCGGUGACGGACCGGUGUCGGAACUCAUCGGCGGCGACGGUGAUUAUGCGCCGGUGAAGAAUGUGAAGGAUGCGACGGCGGUGUUCUGGUUAGAAACGGUGAAGCUAUGGAAGAUUGCUGCUCCGUUAGUGUUUCAGAUUAUAUGUCAAUUUGGAACAAAUUCAUUGACUAAUAUAUUUGUAGGUCAUCUCGGUGAACUUGAAUUGUCCGCCGUUUCUAUUUCUCUCUCCGUUAUUGGAACCUUCUCCUUCGGAUUCAUGCUUGGUAUGGGGAGCGCACUUGAGACAUUGUGUGGUCAAGCUUUUGGUGCCGGGCAAAUUCAUUUGCUUGGAGUUUACUUGCAACGCUCUUGGAUUAUCCUGUUAUUCAGCUGUCUUGUACUGCUGCCAAUUUACAUCUUUGCUACACCAGUAUUAAAGCUUCUAGGACAGGACCAUGAUAUAGCCAAUCUUGCAGGACAAUUUACGAUCAUCACCAUACCACAGUUAUUCUCACUGGCAAUCAAUUUUCCGUCUCAGAAAUUCCUACAAGCCCAAAGCAAAGUUGAUAUACUUGCCUGGAUCGGAUUUCUGGCCCUAGUUGGACACGGGUUGCUUCUCUGGCUUUUCAUUUCUGUACUUGGAUGGGGUCUGCUAGGAGCCGCAGCAGCAUAUAACUUUACGAGUUGGUUGAUUCCAGUUGCCCAAGUGGUUUAUAUAUUCGGUUGGUGUAAGGAUACUUGGUUAGGAUUCUCAUGGGCAGCUUUCAAGGAAAUAUGGGCUUUCGUUAGACUUUCAGUUGCCUCGGCUGUGAUGCUUUGUCUCGAAAUCUGGUAUAUGAUGAGCAUAACUCUCCUUGCAGGUCACCUUACAAAUGCUGUGAUUGCUGUCGGGUCUCUUUCCAUCUGUAUGAAUGUUAAUGGAAUAGAAGCCAUGAUAUUCAUCGGAAUAAAUGCUGCUGUAAGUGUCCGGGUAUCAAAUGAGCUUGGACUGUUGCAUCCAAGGGCAGCCAAAUAUAGCGUCUACGUAGCAGUUUUCCAGUCUCUCCUCAUUGGGCUUUUGUGUAUGGUCAUCAUCCUUGUUGCUAGAGACUACUUUGCUGUUAUCUACACUGACAGCAAGACACUUCAGCAAGCAGUUUCUAAAUUAGCAUGGUUUCUUGGUGUAACAAUGGUUCUUAACAGUGUUCAGCCUGUAAUUUCAGGAGUUGCUGUUGGAGGGGGAUGGCAAGCCAUUGUGGCAUAUAUUAACUUGGCAUGUUAUUAUAUAUUUGGGCUCCCUCUCGGAUACAUUCUCGGCUAUGUAGCAGAUUUUGGUGUAACGGGAAUUUGGGGAGGCAUGAUAGCCGGAACUUCCAUGCAGACGUUGAUUCUAUUGUUCAUCCUUUAUCGAACAAAUUGGACUAAAGAGGUGGAGGAAACAAGCAAGCGAAUGCAAAAGUGGGGUGGCCAGGACAUUAAGACAGUUAAGAACGAUAACAAUAUAUGAGUGUCGUAAUACUACUGGUGUCGGAUUUCUGCUGUAACAUCGAUUCAAAUUAUAUUGGUCGGACAUUUAGAUCCUUUAAUUGGAAUUUCCUUGCUGAUGCUGUGUAAUCCCCGAGAAAAGCAAGUCACUGCUGGUGCGAAUGCAAAUCUCUGCAAUAACUUGGAAUGAUCAACUCUAGCUAUAAUUCAUUUCUGGGUUUAGGGUUUGCUUAGUAAAGACACCUUAAUGGUGUCUAAAAAUAUCCCUACUUAGUUUCUUUCAACUGUAACUCUAUUUUUUUAGCUGCAAUUUUUUCAGUCUAAAAUCUGUAUAAUUCUUAAUUCUGACAAAUUAUUUGCAAACAAAAGAAAAUUAAUUUGUUGUUGAUCUUCUUUUAUCCUUCUAAAUC